GAAAAGAAUUGGCCAUAUAUAUAAUCAUUCACAACAUUUAGUGAAGCAAAGAUCACCAUGAGGGCCAUCUUUAUUCUCGCUGUCGUUGUUGUCGGAGUCAUCGCUGAAAGAUGUGAUGACACGGAUGACUGUUCAGCCACUACAUGCGGGGGCGGAUCAACCCUCCAUUGUAUUGGACAUACGUGCACGUGUACCACAGCAGCAAGUGGUGAUGGAGCUUGCACCAUGGCCAAUGACUGUCACGGACGUUGUGAUCAUGGACGCCAGCACCAUUGUAUUGAUGGUCGAUGCAGAUGUACACAUUUUUAGAAGAAAUAAAUUCGUCUACCUUAA